AUGGACGUCCCUCAACGACAUAGACGUCCCUCGGUUUCGGUGCGUGUGGUCACCGGCAAACGUAAACCCUGGAGCUUUGUCUCGCAGCAUGAUGUAGCGCGAUUUAUCGCACUGGUAAAGCGUUUUCCCAAGCUGCAAACGUGCAUCGCACCAGAACGUCUCCUGCUGGAGUGGGAAAAGUUGGAGCCGGUGACGGGCAUUGCUGCGAAAUGCAUGUGUCAGAAAUGGAAACGGUUGUGCGACAAGUAUCGGAGCGAGUUGCGCCGCGAGAUGAAAACACCGCCAGACCAGUCCAACUCGAAAUGGGUUCACUUCGAGCGGAUGUCGUUCGUCCGGGACAUCGAGCUGAAGCGUAUCCGGAUGCAUAAUGGCAAGGAAAAAUUGUAUACCACCGACACUGAGCCAGAAUCUUCGAUUCUAGAAGCGAAUUCAACCGUUCCGAAGCGAUACGAUAUGAAGAACCAAAUGCCAUUCGCUGUGCCAUUGAACAGAGUCAAUGUUGAGUCAACCUCACCGAAGCGAUUCGUUGUGAAGAAACCCGUACAGCCCUGCGGAGGCGGAUCGCCGGCUGCGUCAUGCUCGUAUACGCAACCUUCGCUGCCGGUGAACAAGCUACACAAAGAAGCGCAGCCCAGGAAAUUGAUACACAUGCCGACGGGGCACGUUACGGUGUUAGGCUGCUCGGAGCAAAGCGUCCUGCAGGAUUUGCAGGAGCAGGCUGAACGUUUCGUGUCAAUGCGUCCCCCGGUACACCGUGUGCCCAUAACGGAUCCGCUUUUCCAAACGGCACACGACAAUGAUUACGAUUUUCUUAUAAUGCGCAUAUAUCCGCUGCUGGGAUUGUUUCCGAUGGAAAUGAAGCGGUUCUGUUACGAGACUGUGCAGCAGUUCAUUAUACGGCUGGCUGAGGUUGUAGAUCGGCUCAAUCGUAAAACGAAUAAUGAGCCGGUGAUUUAG